UUGAUAUUCAUAUUUAUUUUUACAGGUAAUGCUAAUUUCAACCGCAGCUAUGCAUUUCGGUAGCUAUUAUUUCAUGGCAAUGAUGAGCAAACCUCAAUACUCCGAUACGGGAAGCCUUUUAGAUUCUGGAAAUGAUUUGAACAUAGAAGGAGGUAUAGCAGAACAUGUUAAGGAUGCCAUAAUUCUUACAACAGGAGCUCAGUUGCUAUCGUUAUUUUCAAACUAUUUCUGGUUACUAUUGCUUCUAGGGCCACUGCGCGCAUUGUGGCUUUUAUGGAAUUCUGUCAUCAAACCAUGGUUACUUCAAAAGGGAGAGGAGGAAGCACAGGUUAUCGAUAAAAAGAGACCUGAACGAAAAGUAAAGCGUGUCAGAUAAAAAUAAGUUGCUUGUAUUGAUGAUAAUUUUUGCUGAUUGAUUUUACUGCAGCUAUACGCAUGGAUACCUCUAUGAGACGUUAUUUCAUUUCGGAAAUUAUUUAUUAUCAUGAGCCAGGUAUGCGUAUAGAAGCAGUUAGGUGCAUGGUUUGAAAAUUAUUUACAUAUUUUGUGACCAAAAUAAACUAUUGGA